CUCGCUCUCAUAUCGCAGCCUCCUCCUCCGCUCUUUCGCCCGCUCGCUUCGUGGGUUUUACAGUAUCGUUGAUUUUGGUGCGACUUUGCUUGAUGUUUUCUGUUAAUCUCCCAGACAAAUACCCUCGAAUUCUUUCAGGACGUUGAAAAAAGAUUGUUCUGCAAAUGGCGGAGGAAAAUGUCAAUGAACAUGACAUGGGUGGUAUGCUUGAGAACUCAAGUCCUCCAGAAAUACAAGGAUCUGAAAAUGAAUCUGGAGGAAUUGGAGAAAAGAAGUGGCCUGGUUGGCCUGGGGAGAAUGUUUUCAGAAUGCUGGUCCCUGUACAGAAGGUUGGUGGUAUUAUUGGCCGCAAAGGGGAGUACAUUAAAAAAAUAUGUGAAGAGACAAAGGCUCGCAUAAAGAUUUUAGAUGGUCCUCCAGGAACUACAGAAAGAACUGUCAUGGUUUCUGCGAAGGAAGAACCAGAGGUCCGUAUUCCUCCUGCUAUGGAAGGUUUGCUGAGGGUUCAUAAACGUGUUGUUGACGCCGACAAUGAUCCAGCCAAUGCUCCAUCUGGUGCUGGUGGAGCUGUUUGCACAAGGCUUCUAGUGGCGGCAACUCAAGCUGGAAGCCUGAUUGGGAAGCAAGGUUCCACCAUAAAGUCUAUUCAGGAUACUUCCAGCUGUACCAUUCGUGUCCUUGGAGCAGAAAACCUUCCACCUUUUGCUUUACCUGAUGAUAGUGUUGUUGAAGUACAAGGGGAGCCUGUUGGUGUACAUAAAGCAGUUGAACUGAUUGCAACCCAUCUCAGGAAAUUUUUGGUUGACCGUAGUGUUAUUCAAGUGUUUGAGAUGCAAAUGCAAGCUCCGAACACUCGAGGAAAUCCAAACAUGCCACUGCCCCAGACUUGGGGGCCACCUCCUCAAAGUUUUCCAAUGAACACUGGUGGUGGGCCUGGUUUUAUGCCAAAUCCUCAAUACAUGCCACCCCCACGGCAAUUCGACAAUUACUAUCCACCUGCAGACAUACCUCCUUUGGAAAAGCAACCCCGUCCAGGACCACCUGCUUAUGGAAGAGAUCCAACCAUGGGAAUUCAAGCUCCUGGUGCACCUCCACAGCAGUCCGUUGUUACAAAGGUUACACAGACCAUACAAAUUCCUCUAUCAUAUGCAGACUCUGUAAUUGGGAUCUCAGGUGCCAAUAUUAGCUAUAUACGUCGUGCCAGUGGUGCAAGCAUCAUAAUACAGGAAACAAGAGGUGUGCCUGGGGAGAUGACUGUUGAAAUAAAUGGAUCUGCGUCCCAAGUCCAAACUGCUCAGCAGUUGAUUCAGAAUUCCAUGGCCGAAGCUGCUAGCACCACGCAGAACCCUGCAGCUCCACCAGCCAGCCAAGCUUAUAACUAUCCAGGCCAUGGUCCAGUUUAUGCGUCUCCACCAUCCAAUCCUGGUGGUCAUCCUGGCCAUGCUCCAGCUGAUUAUGGUUCUGUGUAUGGAACCAACUAUGGGUAUUAGAGUGGUUGAUAUUAUGGCCUAGUUUAGAUCUGGGAUGGAGAUAUUUUGGAUGGCUCUGCUGUAGUGUUUCCCAUGUGAAAUAUGUGAUGUUUCUCAAGAACUUCGAAGGAAUCGAGUGUUGUAGCUCGAGAUAUGAGAUGUUUCUUAGGGAAAUCAUUAACUGUGUUAAAUCUUUAUUUACCCUCGUCGGGAGAAUAGUGUUAUUAGGGAGCCAAUUUAAGAAUUAUGCUUGGCUUUAAUCA